AUGAUAUUUAUAAAUAAAAAGACAGAGGAUUUUAUGAAUAAAUAUCAACAAUAUAAAUGGGCUAUUCAAGUUAUUAAAGAUAAUAUCAAUGAAAAUAAAGAGACAGAGGAUUUUAUGAAAAGAUAUCGACAAAAUAAUCAGGUUGUGUACAAAUUAUUGUAUAAGAUAAUGGUAGCUGUGUCAUUAUUAUCACCAAAAGAAUAUGAAGAAUAUGAUUUAGAAAACUACAAUAAUUUACUUGAUAUAUCACAAAAAGAAUUGAUCGAGACCUAA